CAAGGUCCACAACCAAGGGCACACAGAGACAACAGGAGCCAGUCAAAACAAAGAGGGGAGCUAACACUGAAGGAGAAACACUGCUGAUUGUCAGUGGAGAAGCUUUUUCAUCUUUUUUUGUCUAACUGAGCACUUGUUCACUGCAAGGCUCUUCGUAUAUAUUUAGCUGCAAUUUAUAACAGGUCUCAUCAUGAGGUGCUGUGCUUUAGCUGUGUGUUUAAUUUUGGGGAUAAGCAUCCAGGAUGGAUGGAGCGCUCCUCUGAAGUCCGUCUUUGUCACCUUCCCAGGAGACAUCAUGAAAAACAUGACGGAUACCGAGCUGGCAGAAGGUUAUCUGAAGAAGUUUGGCUACAUAAACACGCUGAAACGCAGCGGCUUCCAGUCGAUGGUAUCCACCUCCAAGGCUUUGAAGAGGAUGCAGAGGCAGAUGGGGCUGGAGGAGACUGGAGAGAUGGACAAGUCCACCCUGGACGCCAUGAAACGGCCUCGCUGCGGGGUUCCCGAUGUGGCCAACUACAAAACCUUUGACGGAGACCUCAAAUGGGACAAUCGUGAUGUCACUUAUAGGAUCAUUAACUAUACUCCAGACAUGGAUAUUUCUCUGAUUGAUGACGCCUUUGCCAGAGCUUUCAAGGUGUGGAGUGAUGUGACCCCUCUGACUUUUACCCGCCUCUUUGAUGGAACAGCUGACAUCAUGAUUUCAUUUGGAAAAGCCGACCAUGGAGACCCAUAUCCAUUCGAUGGUAAAGAUGGUCUUCUGGCCCAUGCUUAUCCCCCUGGUGAGGGUGUGCAGGGUGACGCCCACUUUGACGAUGAUGAGUACUGGACCCUGGGAACAGGACCAGCUGUGAAGACUAGCUAUGGGAAUGCUGAGGGUGCCAUGUGCCAUUUCCCCUUCACUUUCGAAGGCAAAGCCUACACCACCUGCACCACUAGUGGGCGUACGGACAACCUGCCGUGGUGUGCCACCACAGCUGACUACAGCAGUGACAAGAAAUAUGGCUUCUGCCCAAGUGAACUUCUGUACACAUUUGACGGAAACGCAGAUGGGGCGAAGUGUGUCUUCCCCUUCGUCUUUCUGGGGCAGGAAUAUGACAGCUGUACCACAGAGGGCCGCAAUGAUGGCUAUCGCUGGUGUGCCACCACAAGCAACUUUGACAAUGACAAGAAAUAUGGAUUCUGUCCCAGUCGUGACACCUCUGUGAUUGGUGGAAACGCUGAGGGGGAGCCUUGCCAUUUCCCCUUUGUGUUCCUGGGUAAAGAGUACGACUCCUGCACAAGUGAGGGACGAGGAGAUGGCAAGUUGUGGUGCAGUACCACUAACAGCUAUGAUGACGACAAUAAAUGGGGCUUUUGUCCUGACCAGGGUUACAGUCUGUUCCUGGUGGCAGCCCACGAGUUUGGACAUGCUCUUGGCCUGGAUCACUCCAACAUCAGAGAGGCUCUCAUGUACCCCAUGUACAGCUACGUGAAAGACUUCUCCCUGCAUGAAGAUGACAUUGAAGGCAUUCAAUAUCUCUAUGGAAGCAAAACAGCCCCUGAUCCCACCCCCCCUGGGCCCAUCACACCCACCACCUACCCAGACACUGAUGAGACUGACUCUCCAGAUGGACCCACUGAUCCCACCACAACUGCCACCACACGACCUGUGGAUCCCACCAAAGAUGCCUGCAAGUUGACCAAUUUCGACACCAUCACUGUGAUUGAUGGAGAACUACAUUUCUUUAAGGACGGACAUUACUGGAAGAUGUCCAGUGAGCGUAAUGGAGGGCUCCAGGGACCAUUUUCUAUUUCACAGAAGUGGCCUGCUCUGCCAGCAGUCAUUGACUCUGCCUUUGAGAACAUUCUGGCCAGGAAAUUGUACUUUUUCUCAGGAACCCGUUUCUGGGUGUACACAGGGAAGAGUGUCCUGGGGCCCCGCAGCAUAGAGAAGCUCGGCCUCCCGAACAGCAUUCAGAAGGUGGAGGGAGCCCUCCAGAGGGGGAAAGGCAAAGUGCUGCUCUUCAGUGGGGAGAACUACUGGAGGCUUGAUGUGAAGGCCCAGAAAAUCGACAAAGGGUACCCCAGAUACACAGACGCCGUUUUUGGUGGAGUCCCCAGUGAUGCUCAUGAUGUCUUCCAGUACAAAGCUCACAUCUACUUCUGCCGAGACCGCUUCUACUGGCGUAUGAACUCCCGCAGGCAGGUGGAUCGUGUUGGCUAUGUGAAAUAUGAUCUUCUCAAGUGCAAAGAUGCUUCAGGCACCAGCUACUGAGGAGAUGAACAAACAAGGAUGAGCUGGAAAUCAUCUUAAAUGUGGCAGCACCUACUUCUCUCUCCUGUGCAGGUGUCAGGGAGAAUGUGAUGCAAUAUUUGUCUGUUGUAUGAUGUGUUUGCUAUCUCGGAUGUCAACGAUUUCCUGUCAUUGACGUUGGCUAAUUCUAUAACAUACAGCAUUGAACCAAAGGAAAGCAAAGCCAAGUGAUCUUUGGCACUGCCUUGCCCUCAGGCUGAUAAUCUGUGAACUGGUUGGUUUUGGUGGUCUAAAAUUUGAGAGCCAUAACUACAACAAAUAUUCCCAAAAGCUAUCUGGAUUCCAGAUUUGUGAUGGUAUCUUUAUGUCUGACAGGUUGAUACUCAGUAUUAGAUUAGUUUGGUAUUUAUAGCAAUAUCUAAUAGUAUGUCUGUGUCCUAAAGCUUUUUUGGUUUGUAUAAAUAUAUUUGUGUAUUUCUGAAAAUGGCUUUAAAGCCAAUCACUUGCACUGGAAGACAAUUUAAUGUCUCCUUCACUGAAAUUAUUUAUGAGACUGAUAUGUUUUGUAUUUGUCUAAAUUCGUUCUUUCAAUGCAAUAAACGUUAUGUGAGAACUACA